UUUCAUGUUAAUCUUUAGAAUGGUGAACAAGUGUUGUGUCCCCCGUUGUUCCGGUAAUUACAACUGGAACAAUAAAGUUCACACUUUCAAAUUCCCGAGAGACGACGACAUGCGUAGGAAGUGGUUAUCUGCGAUUAAAAGGGAUGGUUUCAUUCCUACGAAAUAUUCUGUGGUAUGCCAUCGUCACUUCACAGAAUCCGACAUUCGCCGCUGUACCAAAUAUUAUGACAAAGCGAGAAACAGAACACUUACAGUCAGGCUUGACAAACCCAGACUGCAAGAGGAUGCUAUCCCGUCGGUGUUUGCCUGCUGGUACAAUAGAGGAACCAUGAAGUACAAUGUGAAGGAAACUGCACACGAGCACGCCUUCUAUCUAUCUGAUCACACUUACGCUCGGUCUUGUCCUUCCAAAACGAAGACAAAUUAUGAAGAUGUUGCCGAUUCUAGCCCAAGUUGGACAGCAGAAAGACACCAGCUUGUAGCUAAAGGACCUAAUGAGAAAAUCUCUCACUGUGGAAGUCCUGCGGUGCCAAGUUGUUUUGCAGAAUUUGAAUUUGGGGAUAAGGUGAUAGAGCUGUUUGGUCUCGAUAAUGUAUCGGCUGAUGCAAAUAGUCUCAAGGAAUUUGGGGAUAAGGUGAUAGAGCUUUUGGGUCUCACAAGUGUAUCAGCCGAUACAAAUGGUGCCAAGGUUUCUACGUUUCAGAAUGAUCAUGAAUCAGCACAGAUAAUAAUCAAAGAGGAAAUUGAUUGUGACACUGACAACGGUUCUGUCAACGACUUGGAUUCUCCGCAUUUUGCAGGUGAGGACAACAGUGUUGCCGCCGCCUGCAAAUCCAAAGUCACGAGAGGGAGAGACGGGCUCUCCAGUUGCACCAGCCGCUUGCCGCGGGCUCGCCAAUCCGCUGGCCCUUCGCCGUCUCGGAGUCCGUCCUGCAGCCAGUAUCACUGUGCAGUGUUUCGAUGUGUUACCAAUGCCCACAAGAUGCCAGGUGUCGUGUGUCACUCCUUCCCCAAAGACGAACACUUGCGGCGCGAGUGGAUCGCGAGGUGCAGGCGGCCCGAUGUAAUCAAUGUGAGAAAUGCGCGGGUGUGCUCUGUACAUUUUCGGCCAGAGGACUACGUACGAGAUAUGAGAAACGAACUUCUCGGAUUACCCUUGAGAAAGAAAUUAGUACCCACAGCAGUACCCAGUCUGAACAUUCCGAGGUGGGACGAAGGUGAAAUUGUGGAAUGCAGGGAUAUGAGCAAAAAGAGAGGAGGACGCAGAAAAAAGAAGCUACGUCGCUGUGAUUACGAUGACAGUGACAACAACAACGUGGAUGCUGUUGCACACAAAAUACCAGUGAACCCUCAGGAUGUGAUCGUAAAACACGAAAUAAUUGUAAAGAGAGAAGUCAAGUCUGAUUCUGAAGAUGUGGUGGACACAGGUAGACAACAGGAAUUUGAAUACUUGUCAGUCAGGGAGAAACCAUUAGAAGACCCUGACGAAUCCACGUUGUCAGCAAAUGAAGAGUCAAGUGAACAAAUGGGUCAUGAUCAGGAACUGCCAGUUAUCAUCAAAGAAGAAAUUGACUGUGAUGAUUACACCGAUCCACUCAGCUUUUCAGAAGAGACCUGCUGGUAGUAGUGACUGUAGCACGGCAGACGGAUUGAGCAAGGCAGAAGAGACAGGUCAACACGAGGCCCUGGAGCUACACGAAGAAGACAACUCGCAAAGCCCGGGAUCUACGUGAGGAAGACGUUUCGCCACCGACGUGGAGACGGGUAGCGGUAACAGCUCGGAGAAUGACGUGUGCUGUUGCUGAGUGCUGCACCGGAAUCUCGUGAGUCAGAAGAGUACGAAACUCGGACGAUACGUCGUGGAGACGGAAGAAGUAUUCGUAACGUGUACCGAGCACGUGUCCGAGUGUCCUCGGACCCUACGCUGCCGCCGUUGUAAUCGGGCACGUACAGUCUCGCACGCCUGUGGGGUGACGUGCCAAUUGUCAUUUGUAUUGUGAGAAAGCAAAUGUGCAGCGUCGUGCUGGGAGUGUGGGGCGUCGCCCGCUUGUGCGAGGUGUCUGGCGUGGCGUUAGAUUGCCUUACGUCAAAUGAUUCCGGGUGUAUACAUUGCACUGAGUUGAGAAAGCUUUUUUGUUUCUGUUUUGGGGGAAGACUUUAGAAAAUCCUUUUUAAGACUCCAUAGACAGUGUGUGUAACUGGACAUUUGUUGUGAAAUGUAAUUCAGUCUCAUUGCCACAGUAACAUUCACUAGAGACCAGUUUUCAAUGUUGAGCCUCCAGUUUUGAGUUUGCUGCUACAGAAUAAAAGCCGAGGUUAAUGGUGCCAACUUGCGAUCAAUUAAAUUGUACUGUGCAAGUAGCACAGUGAAUUGCAUACCGUACUGUGAACACGUGGCAUCGCCCUGUGCAGUCGUGGCAAAUAUUACAAAACUGUUGGUUGCAACAAGUUAAGUGAUGUCAUAGAAAUCUUCACAUAGAAAAGGGGCGUGAUACUUGGGUGUAUUGUGUAUCUAAUAAUAUUGCAGUAUGAGAAGUGUGUAAGCUUCUGAGGACUAUAAGUACUGACCAUGAAGCAUGUACUAUAGCUUUGUUACUCUUUGUUUUAAAUAUUUUAUAUACGUGUAUAUGUA